AAAUAGUCAAUAUCCAUUAUUUCAAUUGUUUUUUACCUCAAAUACAUAUAUAAGAAUCGUUAAAUUGCACAUCGCGUAAUUGUUGUUGCAGAGCUUUUGCACUACACAUACAAAGGGAGCGAGCAAUACAUUGCGCGAGAGAGCGAAAGAACAAGAGAUGCAUAAGGAACUACAGCUAGAGAUGUUCGAAUUACGCGCCAGUAAUUCAGAUGCCAGCCAGGCGAUACGAACAUGUCGGAAGUGCUGAAUGUCAAAGUUUUUUGGGUCAAAACUAACAAAAGCAAUUGGAAUAAAAUAAUGGAACUUAAAGAUGCGUAUAUAAGAAGGUAAAGCAAAUUUUCGAAUUGAUAAAAAUAUUUAAUUUAAUUUAAAUACAAAUAACAAAUGUGCAAAAAUCAUUAUGAAUUUCUCCCACUCACAUUUUGAAUUGUAACGAAAAAUUUGAUUUGUCCUGCAAGUGUUGAACAACACUGCCUAAUUGCAAUGCUUUACACACUAGAAACUCAAUGAGUUAUCGACUAGCCGCCGCAGUUCUCGAUAGUUUUGCAUGAGUGCAACAACUUUUGUUAUUGUUUUGGCUCAGUUGUUAUUAAAUGAAUUCUUGCAAUGGAAACAGAUGCAAAUAUUGCGGAUAUGACAGAUGUUUCGUUUGCUGCCUUUGAAACGAAAACUAACGAUGGCAAUGAAAAUUUUGAUAGCUAUGGACAAUGCCAAUCUAAACAUGAUAUGACACUCGAUUUGUCGCUGGGUCAAAAGUCUGAGCAGCUCUUUGCAACAGAUCAAACACCAACGCCAACGCGUCUCAUCAAAAACUGUGAAGAAGUGGGUCUGUUUGAUGAUCUUCAGCAUGUGAAUCCCUUUGACAUAGGAUUUCAGAGGGCAGCCGAACAAAAUGCAGUGGCAGGCAAGGCGCCGGAGACACCAAUACGUACCGAAGCGCCUGCAACGGAUGGCGAUUCACUGCACACGCCUCAGGUUUAUCCUUUAGAGGCAACAACAAUGACUGCAGCGAAUCAGACAGCUAGACAAAAUAGCAGUCCGCUGGAUGUGCCUGUUGCUCAUGUGGAGGAGCUGUUGGCUACACCUGCCGUAGGACCCGACCCAGCAGAAGCUCAAGGUCCGCCUCCAUUGCAGCUAAUACAACCACCUGUGAUCACGUGGGUGCUGCCAGCGCAAACGUUACCCAUUACUACAAUACCUGACACCAUAAGCAAACCAGUGCCUUCUAAGCAAACAGUACGUCCCUUUAUCUUACCCAAGCCCAGCAUAGCUGGCCAUAACAAAGUUACAACAGGAAUUAUAACACACAAUACAAUGCCAGUCAAUGAACCGAGCAGUGCUAGUCUAACGCCUACAUCACAAUUACCCAUCAAGGAACGCCUUAAAGCGAUACUCAACAACAGCAACAACAGUAAUCGAAAGCAACGCAGUUUUACAUCGCCUCCCAGGGCAAAGGCAACGAUCAAACGAAACGAGGAUUGCAUGGAACGACGUCGAGCAGCUGCGUCACGGUAUCGCGACAAGAUGCGCAAUGCGCAUAAAGACUUAAAGGAGCACAAUGCCCAGCUACUGCAACAGAUACGCAAGCUGAACGAACGUGUUGCAGCACUCGAGCGCGAACUGCAACAGUGCCACAACAACAACAAUAAUACGAACGUUACUGGCAAUCAUCUGCAAAUACCGCCAUCUAGCAUACACCUGAUCAUCAAUGUGCCCAAGAUGCUGGUGCCUGGCCAGACUCUGGAUCAAAAAUUCUUAAAUAUGCAGCUAGGCAGCGCGUGGUCAAAAGUAGGUUUACAGUCACAAUAGAAGAGGAUAUUUUUUAAAUAUCAAGUUU